GCCUGUUGAGGCAUCAGUCCGCUGCAGCUAGCUGGAACCUCUGCGGAAGCGACAGCCAGCCUAUACAGCCCUCUCAGGAUCACCCGGCACAUCAUCAAGAUGGCCAUCUUGCUCAACGUCGUGUUGUGGGCCAUCGCCGUCGUGCUCAUUGUCUACGAGGUCGGACUCAUACAGGCGUACCCAGCGGGCGACGAUGAGUCGCAGGGAGGUGACCGCCGCAUGCAGUACGUGGCCGCGGUGGUGGAGUACCCCGCGCUGGGAGACCCCACCAAGGAAGACCCUCAGCUCGUGAUUGGCGCCAACUGCGAGCGCUACAUCCGCUUCAUGCGUCAAGCCCGCGACCAGAGCGCCGACAUCAUCGUGUUCCCCGAGUGCGGGCUGACUUCGAUGAACCUGCCGCCGACACGCGAGCAGCUGCGCAAGGUGCUGACGCCAAUCCCAGAGCUGCAGAACAACCCGUGCGAUGAUGACACCGCUGCCCAGGUGCUGCGCAACCUGUCCUGCGCGACGCGCGAGGCGCGGAUGUACACAGUGAUCAACAUCGCCGAGAUCGAAGAGUGCGCAAACCGAACCGGCUGCCCCGACGACGGAGCCCUCUUCUACAACACCGACGUCGCCUUCGACCGCAACGGCACCAUCGUCGCCAAGUAUCGCAAGUACAACCUGUUCGUGGAGCCGGGCUUCAACGUGACGGAGAUGCCUGAGGCGGUGACCUUCGACACUGACUGGGGCGGCCGAGUGGGGCUGCUCACGUGCCAGGACUUCCUCUACCAGGAGCCGGCCAGGACACUCGUGGAAGACCUGCACGUCACAGACAUCGCCUACCCGGUCGCCUGGUUCAACGAGCUGCCCUUCCUCGUGGCGACGUCGGUGCAGGCCGGGUGGUCGGCGGCGCGACGCGUCUCUGUGCUGGCGUCGGGGCUGCACCGGCCGCGCGCCGGCAACGCUGGCAGCGGCGUCUACCAGGCAGGCGGGCGCCCCCUUGUCGCGGCGCUGCCCACCGCGGACAACGUGGGCGCCGGCCAGCUGCUCAUCGCGCCCGUCCCCAUCACCCGCGCCCCGCCGCUGGAGACGCGACCGACGGCUGCGCCGCCAGCGCCGCUGCCGGUGCGUGCGUCGCACAUCCACGUGAAGAGCAGCGAGGCGGGCGACCUGCUGCUGUACCAGGACUACCUGGCGCCGUACCACGCCGUCGAGCUGCUGCCCGGCGCCAAGCACGCCGUGCGCAUCUGCCACGCGGGCGACGCGUCCGUGGGCGCCGCCACCUUCUGCUGCGACGUCGACGCCGAGAUCGACCUGUCGACGCCGCCCCCUAGCUCCCUCCUCCCCUACCGCUACAUGGCCGGCAUCUUCAGCGGCGUGCGCAACUUCGGCGGAGUCAAGACCGCCGGCAUCAAGGUAUGUGGAAUCAUGGCUUGUGGGGGUGAGACUGAUGCAGGCGGUGAGAUGUGCGGCUUGUGGAACACAUCACUGUCAGCAGCGACAGCCACACUGCAUCGAGCUAUCGUGGCGGCUAACCUGACAGCCUCAACAACAUUCCAUCUGCCCAUCAGCCUCACGGGUGAGCUGCUGCCAGUGGCCGCAGAUAAGCUGCGCUACAAUGCUGACUGGCAUGGUGCCUCUGUCCAGAUCGAGUCUCCAGUAACAGACCUGCUGGUGCUGGCAUUGUGGGCCCGAGACACCACACUAGAUGGUGACCAGCCAGUGGGAGCAUCUGCCACAGCUGCAUGAAAGAGGCCACCCUGAAACAUCUGGCUCUUUCACAGUUGUUCUGCAGCCACAUGUGCUCUGUCCACUUAGUCCUGAACACAUUCAAGAAUUUCAUCUGUGGAUGCCACAUGUUUGCCCACAGUUUGUGAGCUCUCUUGCUUGCUCAUUUCAUUAGUAAUUACUCCUCUCCCUGUCAAUUAUGGAUUCAGAGAUCACUAUUAGUUUACUAUGUCCUAUGUCGAAAGCUGUUAUUGAAUUAUAAUAAGAAAAUCAUAUCAACGAGAUUCAAAUAAAACUUCAACUUCCAUGAAUGCAUUGCUCUUGCACAACCUUCCCUACUCAUAAGUAUUGUCGAAUAUUCUGCUAACAUGUGACCAUAAAACUAAGUACACUACUUGGCUAUCAUUUGAAUAUUUCCUUCAGCUGAUUGUUCAAGACUAAUCACAUCUGCAGACUUCAAGUUAGUUGGAAAACUUUUCGAUGAGCCCAGAAAAGUAUAACUGUUCAUUGUUACACCAUACAGAAGUAUUUGUUCUUGAACUGAAUGAGAUGCAGCAAUAGUGACUUCACAACUUGAGACGCAACCCACAAAAUUCUUCAUCUAUCUCUGAAUCUCAAGAUGUGGAUACUUUUCACAUUUAAACUGUUGUUUUCAUCAUACAAUAGGUUGUGGAGAAUUCCACAAACAACUAUAAUUUGCCACUCUCUCUGCCACAUCUGCAGAUACAGCGCAAAACCUUUUCUUGUAUUCCUCUCUUAUAUAGCCCCGCUUCCCUAAUUAUAUCUACUGUGACCUAGGGCCUUAUCUCUGUAUGUGAGGGCAUUGGUUGGAUGGCAGUGAUCAUGUUCUCAGAAUAUUCAGUGAUGAGACAGUGACAAACUUCCAACGCUAGCCUGUCUAAUUGUCUUUCUUGUAGUUUCACCACCUGAACUUUGUCCAAAUCAAAAUCAGAGUUGUGCAACACAUCUGUGAAACAAUAACUGUAGAUACACUGUUUAGUGGAAACAACAGUGAAUAACAGUAAUAGAUACUAUUAUUAUAUGGUCAUAAUCACUACAGUAUUUCCUGUUACCAGUUCCAACUCAGGUUGGUCAUCAUGAGCCGCUGGCAAGUGAUUACUCCAGUAAACCUUGUGUCAAGUACAGUCCAAUUUGCCACCCAUUGUAGUGUUGGCUCAAAUAAUAAGACAGAUGCCAGAUGAUGACUAAUCCAAAUCAAAACAAAGUAAACAAGUAAUGAUAUGGACUGUAUUCUAAUCAAAUACUCUAAAUCAAAAUCUCAUCCUAACCUAUUACCAUGCCGGGAAAUUAUGUAGCUCUUAUUUGAGCUUCUUAGUCUCUUUCCUCAUUUUAACUGGAUGUUAAAUCCUACCCAAAACGAGCAAUACGUGAGAACUGAUUGUAAGAAUGUGAAAGAAGGAAGAAAGUUUAGGAUUUUACAUCCCACCAACAUCAAAGUCAUCACAGACUGUGCAGGAAUGUGUUGUAGAUGACCUUUCAUUCAUUCUGGCUAAGAAGAAAUGCAAUACAGAAAUGUAGGGAUGGGAGCACAGUUGUCUUGUAAACAAGGUUUUUGUAAACAUACAUUUACUUCCAAAUCUUCCAGUCAAUUGGAAUCUAACAUCAUUUUUCCAAACUACAACAUCCCAUUUGGUUCCCCUUGUUGCAUCAUUUUGAAACGGCAUGGUAAGAUGUACUGACUGUUUUAUUUUUGUGCUGUGUAUGCAAGCAGUUCUGCUCUUCAUUCAUAACUAAACGGUAUGGGAUUAUAAUUAUUCAAGAAAAGUUACAGAUUCAUUCAUAAAUCUGCAGGUGUCUCUGAUGCAGGUCCUACAUUGAUAAUCUAUUUAGGAUUACAUAUUGUGUUCUACCAGCAAGGAAAGUCACAGAGAUUUUAAUAAGACAAUGAAUGACCAUUCUUCACUGGUGUCUUUCUACACAUUCAAACUAAACCAACCAAUAAAUAUGGGGUACUGCCUGAAAACAACCAAAGCCCUUCCUUUGUUUCAAAAAUACUGCAGAUUGGAAAGGAAAUAGUUGUCUCUCCAUAUCCUUCCAAAAGAAGAUAUGGAGCUCUAACAAUCAAAAUUUUUGUGUUUCACCUUCUACCCCACAUCCUUGAACUCUAAUAGCAUCUCUUUAACUGCCUAAAUACGUAUGUUAUUAUCACCCAAUUAAAUCAUCAUUACCUUGAUGACCAUCAUACUCUAAAUAGGUUAUAUUCAUUGUCUUCACAACGAAUAUUUAAAUUAUUCAUUCUUUAUAUCUGUCAAUGAAAUAUUUCCGUUUAUCUCAUCCAUUUCUCACUCAUUCUCAUAUCAUUACUUAAGGGUCAAUUAUUUAUAACAAAUUGUUCCUGAUUAUUUUUUAUUUGUUCUGACAUACUUGCUUCUAGCAUCAGAAAUACUGUUACAUAUGUAAUGUGUCAGAGUGUUAAUAAGAAUUUGUGAUUUGCUAAAACUGAGUAACACCAUUUCUGUGUUGUAAUUCUAGAAGUUUCAUCUUACAACAGUGACUAAAACAUAAACAAGUAUAUUGUUAUUUGCUUUAAAAAUCUUUAAACAUCAAGAGGAAAUUGUAGUAAUCAGAUGAUCAAAAAUGAUAAAAGUAUCCUUUUUUGAAAAACAAAGCUUGUGCUAUAUCUGUGCAUACAAACAAGAAAUGGAUUUCUAUGUGAAAUUUCAGUAUGUUUGGGAAUAUACAGAAAGCCAAUCAAUUGUUCAUUAACAACAUGUAGAUUUAUCAACAACACUUUUUAUUCAUUUACACAUGAUCAAUAGCUUUACUAUGACAGUUUUUCUUGAAAUGAAAGUUUCUGCAUUGAAAUAAAAGCUCAUAGCAUAGUGCACAGCAAAAUCAUCACUUGAUUAUUAAUUAACUUCAUGUUUGAGAAGUCAAGCAAAAUCUAACCUUUUUAUAUAUGAACCAUAUGCAAAAUGAUUCAUCACAGUACUGUCUAUCAUACUGGACUGUUGUAGCCCAUUUGGUCUCAAGGCUCAGUGAGCCUCACUGAUGCUACACAAAGCCCUGAGAACCAUAACAAAUAUCUGAAUCACAAAAAACCUAAUUAUGGUAACAUUAUAUGGCUAGAACCAAAAUGUUUCUAAUGUCACCACAUAAAUUAGCCAACUUUUACAGGGAGAGGAGAUAAGUUCCCAAUGAUUGUGUAGUUGAUACAUUUUAAUAACUGAGAGUACAGAAUCAAAACCUUUUUUUUUUCUUUUUAGUGACUGAAUCAAGAAAAGUAAGAACUUAUUUAUAAAAUUUGUUAACACAAAGCAGAUUCUAAAUAGAAAGAACAAUGCAACAACAGCCUAUUUUCAAUUAAUAUCCGAUGAAGAAGAAUCUAAAGUGACAUCUGUCUAUGUAACAGUAGACCAUAUGCAAGAUGAUCUGACAGACAGUAGUCAUCUUUUAUUCAAUGGCCUACCUGGCCUACCUAAAAAUACUCUCAGACAAAACCAUCUCAAUGUGGUACAGUUACAUUUUGCAUUUCCAUUAGUAGUCAAAACUACUGUACUCUAAAACAAGUAGAUAAGCCAUAAAGACACCUAAGAAAAUGCAUUACUUUUGCUUUGUUAUCAUUCAUUUACAACAGCAAAAGACUUGUAACAUUCUUCUUUUAAGUUGUUAAUCAGUAUUUUGUUGAGCUUCUUCUCUGUAACUGCAACCAACUAUUGCUGUAUGACAGUUGUUUGUUGAAAUAAAAGGCAUAAAAACUGAAAA